AUGGGUCAAACCCUCUCCGAGCCCGUUGUCGAAAAGCAUUCGGACAACGGACAAGACGACCGCAUCUUCUACGGAAUCUCAUGCAUGCAGGGAUGGCGCAUCAGCAUGGAGGACGCCCAUGCCACCAUCCUCGACCUGCAACCCCUCGAAGGCGAUGACCUGAAGCCUGCCGCAUCCGACGUUCGCAUCAGCUUUUUCGGUGUAUAUGACGGCCACGGUGGAGACAAGGUCGCCCUCUACACUGGUGAAAAUCUGCACAAGAUCAUCGCAAAACAGGAAGCUUUCAAGAACAAGGACUUUGAGCAAGCUCUCAAGGACGGUUUCCUCGCCAUUGACAGAGCCAUCCUUAGCGACCCAAGAUAUGAGGAGGAAGUCUCUGGAUGUACCGCCACCGUUGGCAUUGUAACCCACGACAAGAUCUAUGUCGGUAACGCUGGUGACUCCAGAACUGUCCUCGGUGUCAAGGGUAGAGCAAAGCCUCUCUCCUUCGACCACAAGCCUCAGAACGAGGGUGAGAAGGCAAGAAUUUGCGCCGCUGGAGGCUUUGUCGACUUUGGCCGCGUCAACGGCAACCUCGCCCUGUCUCGUGCCAUUGGCGACUUCGAGUUCAAGAAGAGCGCCGAUCUCCCUCCUGAGCAGCAGAUUGUCACCGCCUACCCCGACGUGACUGUUCACGACCUUUCCGACGAUGAUGAGUUUAUUGUGCUUGCCUGUGACGGUAUCUGGGAUUGCCAGUCUUCGCAAGCCGUCAUCGAGUUCGUCCGCCGCGGAAUUGCAGCAAAGCAGGAGCUGUCUGCCAUCUGUGAAAACAUGAUGGACAACUGCCUGGCCUCGAACAGCGAGACGGGUGGUGUUGGAUGUGACAACAUGACCAUUUCGGUCGUUGCUCUGCUUAACGGCAAGACCAAGGAGGAGUGGUACCAGAUGAUUGCGGACAGAGUCGCAAACGGUGACGGACCCUGCGCACCCCCAGAGUACGCCGAGUUCAAGGGACCUGGUGUGCACCACCGCUUUGACAACGACAGCCCGGAUGAGUACGAUAUGGACAUGGAGGGACGUUCGCGCAUGGUUAGCGGCCACGGCGGUCGCGUCAUCCUGCUCGGCGACGGUACAGAAAUCAUGACCGAGUCUGGAGAGAACGACACGGACAUGUUCGACCAGAGUGACGAUGAGGAGAAAGACCUCGCCAGUCAGGUCAGCAAGGGACAAGACGAGGGCAAGAACGGAUCACAAGGACAGGGCCAGAAGAGCACCGAGACUCCCACACCCGCAGAGCCCAAGAUGGGAGGUGUUGCGGAUUCAGCAUAG